AUGAAUAACUCAGCUCCAAUUUCAGUUCUUGUCUUGGAUGGGAAAAAUUAUAACCGGUGGAACGUUCAACUGAGGGUGCUGUUUGAUUACCAUGAAUUGCUAGAUGUCGUGGAAAAUGGGGUAUCUACUCUAGCAGAAAAUGAAACUGAUGCACAAAAAAAUGUCCACCAUAAGAUCAAGAAGAAGGACAAAAAGGCAUUAUAUUUCAUCCAUCAAGGGGUGAAUGAUGAAGUUUUUGAGAAGAUUGCAAGAGUAACCAUAACAAAGCAAGCCUGGGAUAUCUUGAUGACAUCAUACAAAGGUGCUGAGAGAGUUAAAAAGGUAAGACUUCAAACUCUAAGACGUCAAUAUGAGCUUUUGCAAAUGGAGUCUUCUGAAACUAUUGCUAAUUACAUUGGUCGAGUUCUUGCUUUGACAAACCAAAUGAACAUAUAUGGAGAAGAGUGCAUAGAGCAAACAAAAGUGGAGAAAAUCUUGAGGUCAUUGAACUCCAGCUUUGAACAUGUUGUGGUGACAAUUGAAAAAUCUCAUGAUUUGUCCUUAAUGACCGUCAAUGAGGUAUCCGACACCCUACAAGCUCAUGAACAACGGAUGAAUGAGAAAAAAAUUGAGAGAUCGAUUGAGCAAGCCUUUCACAGCCAAGUCUCUAUCAAAGGUUAUCAAAGUGGUGAAACAAGCCAGAAUAAUAGUAGUUCUCACGGUAGAGGACGGGGACGUGGUGGUUAUCAUUUCAACAAAGGUCAUGGUGGUCAUAACAACAAUCAUGGAGUAACUGGAGGUAAUGACCAGGAAAAAUCAAACAGUAGCCAUCAACAAAAUUCAAGAAGUCGUGGUCGUGGAUGA